AUGAUUUCCCUUAAUCCAAGCCGCAUCAUGCCAAGCAUGAUUGGAUUUCUCUCACUUCUCUCAAUCACUGUCCCAUUCGUCAACGCGACCCCAAUUGUCUCCAAGGCAGUUUCACUUGCACCUCGCGCUGAUCCUGGAUUUACAUGCCACAUGGCUCCUGAAAACUACUGCACCAUCGGUAUCACCGUAACUCCAUCGAGAAUCACCGCUGAUCUCCCUGAGUUCAUUUACCUUUUCGAUAGUUACUGUAAUAGAUAUGGAUUCAUGGAAUCGGGCUUCAAUAUCGACAUGGCCAGCCGUCUUCCAUAUAAGGUUGUCGGAACACUAGCCGCCAGAGACGGUACCGUCGGACGCAUUGUAACCAACCCCAGCAUUUGCUAUGCUGGUAGAUGCUGGGGAUCAAAUGACCCUUGCUGGUACAGAGUCCCUAUCGGCAAUGGAAAAGAUCAGUGGCAAAAUGUUUGUGUAUUCCAAUGCAACAACAUGAAUGCCCGUCGACACAACACAAUUGAGGCUAGUGAUGGAGCAUCAGUUGAUGUUAAGGCUCUUGACGAACCAAUCAAGGCUAGUGAUGGAGAAAUCAUUGAGACUCGUGAUGGAACAAUCGCUCGUCGAGGAGAUCUUUGCCAUCAUGCAGACGCUGGCUAUUGCACCAUAGCCGUCACAGUCACACGUGCAAGACUCGAUGCGGGAGCCACGGAUGAUUGGGUUUACCUUUUCGACAGUUCCUGCCGUACAAUCGGAGGCAUGUAUUCGGGCCAAAACAUUAAUAUGGCCAGUCAACUUCCAUAUAAGAUUGUCGGUCACAUGGCAUUUGACAACAAACGUCUUACCGCUUUCCCUGAAUUCUGCUAUGCGGGAAGAUGUACCAGUGCGUAUGAUGGUUGCUGGAUUCAUGCCGAUAUUGGGAAUUUCCAAUGGGUCAAUCGUUGUCAAUUCCCCUGCAAUUAA